CCUGGUGGAUAUGUCACGUGCUUGGUAAGAAAACAACAUGCGUCUUCCAACUGUAUUAUUUUUCUUUUUCUCUGUCUGUUUAUCUCGUGGAUUUAUUCCAGAGAAAUAUUCUGGAUGCCAAGAGAAGGAUUUUGGACAUGGAAGUAUUGUUUGCGUCUGCUCUGAGCAGGAAUGCGGCGAAUUUGAAAGUGGAGGUUCGCCGCUCAAGGUUGGGCAGUUUGCCGUCUACACGAGCACGAAGGCCGGGGAGCGAUUCAAGUUGAGCCUACAUCUAUUCAAUGCGUCUUUUACAAGACCAGACGAUGAUGCUGUCAGCCUCGAUGUCAAUAGCUCUGUCAGUUAUCAAGAGAUAUUAGGGUUCGGGGGAGCAUUUACAGAUGCAGCUACAAUGAACAUACUAAAUCAGAGUAAUUCCCUUCAGCAGAAGUUGAUCAGGUCCUACUUCAGUCCAGUUGGCAUAGAAUACAGUAUUGGACGUGUCCCCAUGGCAAGCUGUGACUUCUCUACACAUGAGUAUUCAUAUGACGAUUACUCAGGAGAUUUUGAGCUAAAAAAUUUCUCCCUAGCUGAAGAAGACAAAAGGUUUAAGAUUCCAGUGAUCUUGUCUGCUAUGAAAGACAGCAAUAAAGAAAUUUUGUUAUUUGGGAGUCCAUGGUCUGCGCCAGGAUGGAUGAAGACUAAUGGUAGAAUGUCAGGAGCUGGGACAAUGUUAGGCAAAGCUGGUGAUAAAUACCAUAAGACAUGGGCUAUAUAUUUUGCUAAGUUCAUCAGUGCAUAUGUGGCAUCUGGGGUCCCUAUCUGGGGAGUCACAGUGCAAAACGAGCCUUCUACUGGAUUUAUACCAGGUUAUUCCUUCCAAACUAUGGCAUACUCACCACAACAAGAGCGCGAUUUUAUCAAGGAGGAUCUAGGCCCCACCCUUUCCCAAGAAGGCUAUGGCAAUGUAAAAAUCAUCAUGCUAGAUGACCAGCGACUGUUCCUGGACAAUUGGGUUGAUGUGAUUCUGGGUGAUCCUGAGGCAGCUAAGUUUGUGUCUGGAAUUGGUCUUCAUUGGUACUGGGAUUUCCUAGCUUCUGUUAAAGAUUUGACUAUUGCCCACCAAAAGUAUCCAAAUUACUUCAUGCUUGCAACAGAGGCUUGUUCAGGAUUUACAACAAUGCACCCUCCCAUGGGGGUAGUACUUGGUUCGUGGGAGAGAGGAGAAAAUUACACACAUAGUAUCAUCCAGGAUAUAUCUCAUUGGGUUGUUGGCUGGGUGGACUGGAAUCUGGCCUUGAAUAUGAGUGGGGGUCCAAACUGGGUUAACAAUAAUGUUGACUCGCCUGUCAUUGUGGAUACAACCCAUCACGUGUUCUACCAACAGCCCAUGUAUUUCCAUCUUGGCCACUUCAGUAAGUUUGUUCCUCGUGGAUCUAAGAGAAUAUCAUUGGUGUCAUCAAAAAAGACAAACCUGCAAUUCAUUGGAUUCCAGGCCCCUGGCCCAGACUCAACAACUGUAGUGGUCAUUAUGAACCAGAGUGAAAUAGAUAUCCCCCUUCAUAUAAAUGUACCUGGUAAAGGCAGUGUAAAUACCAUCAUACCAGCCCGUGCAGUACAGACAUAUGUCUGGAAUACUUGAUAUAAUCACACAAUGGAAUUAUUUGUUCAUGUUAUUGUAAAUUUAAAGAAAAAUACAAAAUACAAUAUUUUUUAAUUUCUCAAAUACAAUUUCAAAAAGUAACAGUAAAAAGAAUAAAAGAACAGAAAAUAACAACAAAAAUAUUGAAAAACCCAUGCUUAUUAAAAUUUUGCAGUAUGCUUGGGGUAUGCCCAGGUUGGCUAACAUAAAUGUAAACAUGUUUUGAAGAAAUCGAAAUAAAAGUAUUUUUAAUUUUCAA